AUGUUAAAGCAAUUGCUAGUGGCAUGGCUGCUAGUCAGCGUGUCUUUACAGUUCAAGACGUCUGCAAGGACGUAGAUAACACCUUUGGAGUCAAUUUUAUCUAUUGAUCCCUCUGGAUGGACUUGUGAAAGUCCAAGCUAUAAAGAGUAGUUGGGAGCAUAGCAUGACAUCGAUUAAUGGAUAGACAUCGUGAAACACAAAGAAGGAUUUGAUGGAGAUUUGUAGGUUUUGGCAAUGGUCAAAGCAUUGGUGGAUAGGGUUUUGCUAACUGUCUAACAUAUUCAAGGAGGAUCGUUUAUUCAAGUCAAAUAGUUGCAUCAUUAGAUCUCAAAGCAUUUCAAAUCACUAUCUCAAAUUGAAUCUACUUCAUCCUGGUAUGAUAUUAACGAUAUUUUGGGAUAUUUGGAAGUCCUCAAUAAAGCAAAGAGUAUGAAUCAUGAAUCUAUUUGUUAGGUGAUGAAGACAAGUUGUAAUUGGCUCAAACUAUUGCUACCAAGAUCUCUGAGUUGAUUCAACAAAUAACAGAAAUCUAAUUAUAACUAAAUACUAUUCCUAUUGAAAUUGAUUAACUCUAUGAUCUGGCCACUAGAGUCAAUGAAAAAACUUCUCAAUGCAAAGAUAAUUGGGCACCAUUUUUAGAGGCUGAUGCAAAAGCUGAAGAAGAAGAAAAAAGAAAAGAAUAAGAACAAGAGGAUGCCAGAUUAUAAGCAGAAGAAGAAGCAAAAGCAGCAGCUGAAGCAGCAGCAGAAGAAGAAAGAAGAAAGGAAGAAGAAGCAAGAGAAUUAGAAGAAUUGAAGAACAGAGUUGAUAUCACUCCAGAGGAAGCUGAAUUACUCGAAUAAUAGGCUGAAAAGGAAUUGGAAUUGGCUGAAGAACUGGAACAUGAAGCAGAAUAAGAGUUAGAUGCUGCUAAAUCAGCUGAAUAAGAAGCUGAAACAGAAGCUGAAAGAGAUGCAAGAGAAGCCAGAGAAGCAGCUGAAAAAGCAGCAGCAUCAUAAUAGGCCUUGGAAGAUGCUCAAAAUAAAGAGGAAGAGGCUUGCUUAGAUGCUGAGGAGGCAUAAAGAAGAUUGAAGGAAGCUUAAGAGGCAGCUGAAGAGGCAAGAAAAAGGGCAGAGGAAGCUGAAAGAUUAGCUGAAGAGGCCAAAAAGGCUAAAGAAUGUGAACCAGUGCCUGAACCAGAAAAGGAAGCAGAAGAAGAAGUAGAAGAAGAAGAGGAAUUCGAAUGGGAAUCUGAAGAGGAAGAUGGUUGUGGAGAUGAUGUUUUGGAAGAUUUGAUUGAUACAUUGAUUGAUGCAGCUACAGGUCCAAGUGCUUAUUAACCAAGUUGUGGAUAUCCAGGAUGUUAAGAACAACCAAUCAUUAUUAUUGUUGAAGAUGAUGAGGAUGAACCUAAACCAUAACCAGAACCAGAACCCAAACCAGAGCCAGAACCUUAACCUGAGCCAGAAGAGGAGGUUGUUGUUGAAGAAUAACCAGAAGAGGAAGUUGUUGUAGAGCCAACACCAGAUGAUGAAAAAGUUGAAGAAUAAGAAGAAGUUGUUGAAGAGAUUGUUGAAGAGAUUGUUGAGGAAAUUGUUGAAGAGAUUGUUGAAGAAAUAGUUGAGGAGAUAGUUGAGGAAUUAGUUGAAGAGGAAGACGACGAUUUUGGUAGAUUAGAAUUCCCAGAUGAACCAGAACCAGUACCAGAAUUAGAAUAACUUGUUUAUACUUUAGAUGAGAGAACUGAUAGUGUUGUUACAUAAGAAACAUCCCCUUGGGAAAAAGAUGUUGAAGAUGGACCUGAUAGCAGAAUCAAGACAUCAGUUGAAUACAGUUAUGGGUUAUGGACAUAUUUCAGAUACAAUGGCAAGGUUAAGAUUGCAGAAAAGAAGGAGGUCUUGGCUGUUGGAGGUUUGAGUGGAGAUGACACAAAUAGAUUAGUGACAACUAUUGGAGAAGGAUUCUAUAAUUUCUAAGUAUUUGAAGGAGAAGUUGUGACUGAAUUAUAAUUGGAUUAUGGCAAGUAUUUAGAUGCUGAAUGGAUUUAUGUCUAUUUCGGAUAUAAAGAAGGAAAAGCCAAUGGUUAUAUUUACUGGGGUAGAACUUAAGUCAUCAAGAGUGUCACAUUCACAGUUACUCAACCAGCUAUUGUUAAAACUAUUAAAUUCCAAUCUGGACUUUGGAAGGGAUUCAAAGGAUUCAACGGAGUCAUCACCAAUGUUAGAGUUGUCUUGAAUAAGAAUUCAUUUGUUGAGACAGAGGAAGAGAUGAAAAAUUUGAUUGAAACCAAAUACACUGUCCCAACAGACCCCGAGUUAGAGUAUUAGGAAAAGUAAUACUAUGAUAAGGUUGAAUAUGAUGGUUUGGUCGAUGAUCCUAAAUUCAAAUGGGAUUUAGAUGGAUACAGAGAAUAUUCAGUAUCCACUUGGUUUAGAUAUGUAAGAAGAUCCGAAAAAGCUCAUUAAAUUAUAUUUAGAUUUACAUCCAAUGAACCAGAAGUUGGAAUAAUUCCACAUGGAUUAAAAGCACUUUCAUUAUGGUAAACUGAAUAAAAUGAAUACCAAUUUUCUACAUAUACAGUUGAGGAGAAGGAUAAGUUCAGCGACAUUGACGAGACAGUCAUUAUUCCUUAAGAAUCACAAUAACUAUGGACAUAUGCAUACUUUGGAUAUAACCAUGGAGAUUUUUCAUAUUAUAUGGAAUGGCCAGAUAGCAAAGUUGAGAAACAAUUCAAAGGUUGGCAUGUUGUAGCCAAAUAUUGGGCACUAUAUUUGGGACAAGGACAUUAGUUUUUCUUCCAUGGAAAGACAGCCUAUACAACAAUUAGAUUUGGAAAGGGUGCAUGGGGAUAUGCUACAGAUUUCGAUGAUUAUAAGACUGGCAAGAUUAAAUUAUGGCCUGGAGUAUAAUUGAAAACAUAUGAUCCUAAAUGGUUGAAUCACAAAACAGAAUCUGAAUAUGACACUUUACUUCAUUAAGAGCAAGAUUGGGUAACAGAUGGUGUUUAUGAAUAUGGAUUCGGUAUGUGGACUAAAUUCUUCAUCACAAAUCCAUCAAGAAUUUAUGAGAAACCUGAGCGUAUUUUGGUUGGUAGAUUAGGAUUUACAGAUUAAGAUGAAGCCGAAUUUGCAGUAUAUAUCGGAAGAGGAAAUUAUGAAUUCUGGGCUGGUUCAGGAAGACCAGUUAAUUAUGGAAAGAAUUUGGAUGGAUAUUGGAAUUACAUCUAUUUCAGUUAUUCUAAAUUGAAGUAAAUUGCAGUAGGAUAUGUUAAUUUCAAUAAAUUGAAGUAAGUUUAAAGAACAGUUUUCGAUCCAUUUGAUGCUGAUCCUGCUAACAAUUAUGUUAGAUUCUAUGUUGGAUCAUGGAAAUCUACUGUUUAUGGAUUCAAUGGAAGAAUAGCUCAUGCAGUUGUCAGAUUUGGUAGAGGAUCAUUUAUUAAUGAAAUUGCUGAAUAUGAAACAUGGAUUGAAUAAUACAAGGUCCCAGUUGAUGAAGAAUUAGGAACAAAGGAUUAUGAAAUCUAAGGUGCCGAUAACAAAGAUACUGAAACAUAUGAUACUUUUGUGUAUGAAGAUGGAGCAAUUGAAACAGAAUAAUAUUCAGUAUAUGGAUGGUUCAAAUAUUAUGGAAGUUUAGAUAAUACUGAUCCUUAAACAGUGAUUAGAUUAACUAAUAAUGAGCCAGGAUUCUUGAAAGAUGCUAGUUUAUUAGGAGAUAGAACAUUAUCAGUUAUUUAAAAAGGUGGAGAUAUGGAAAUUGGAACCUACGACAUUGGAUUCAUUGAUACUGAUUUCAAUCUUGAUAGAAAUACCAACAUAGCUUUGGGUGAAUAUAGAGGAAUUUGGAUGUACAUUUGGGUUGGAUAUUCCAGAUAAGAUGAAUACGCUGGUUGGUUCUUUGGUUUCCCAGAUGUGAGCAAAGGUGGUUUAUUAAAGAAAGUGUUACACUUCUCUCCAAAAUACCUUGCUGUAUAUUUCGGAAAGGAUGGAAUUAAUAAGAAUUUCGUUGGUAAAUCAAGACAUGUUCAUGCUUGUUAUGGCAGCACAUAAUGCUGGCACUAUGUUGACAAGGUUGAAGUCGAGGUUGAUCUUCCAGCUUGGAUCCCAUACAAACUUAAUAAUUACUUUGAAUUCUAUGUUCAAAAUGAUGCUGAUGCUUUGAUAUAUGCUAAAGAUGACCAACCAGCAUUGGAUGUUGAAUUCACAUAAGCUAAUUUCCCAGGAUCUGACAUUGAAGCCAUUUAUGAAUAUGGUAUUGGUUUAUGGACUAGAUGGUUGAUGAACUACCCAUUCAUUUUAUUAGAAAAAGCUGAAUCUCACUCCAUAUUUAGAUUCACAACAAAUGCUUAAUAUGAAGAUGCUAAUAAGAAUGGAGACAGAACAGUAUCAGCAUUUGUAGGAAGAGGAGAAUAUAAGUUCAGUACUUAUGAUGCAGUUCUUGAUAAGAAUGACAUCACAACAGGAACCAAGUUUGAUAAGGAAUUAGAAGGAUAUUGGAAUUUCGUCUAUUUCUGCUACAAGAGAAUUCCAACUGGACCAAAGGGUAUUGGAUAUGUGUAUCUUACUCAUUAAAAUGUUGUUAAGAGAGUCGAAAUUGAUAGUGCCAAACAUUGGUUGUUGAGAGAUUAUGCCAGACUCGUUAUUGGAAAGAAAGAAUUUGGACAUUCAGCCUUCUAAGGUAAAUUGUUUGAUCCAAGAGCAUUUUUGGGCAAGAACAGUUACAUUGAUUCAAGCGAAGAUUUACUCAAUGUUAUUGUACCUAAAUUCAGACCUUAUCCACCAUACAAAGAUAAAUAAGAUAACGAACCAGUCUAAGUAGAGAAAGCUAAGAUGACUUAAAGAGUGUUCAAAUCAUAUGAAGAGAAGUACAGUGGUGUCUUUGAAUACAGUGUUUAUGGAUUUGCUAAGGGUAAUAAAUUAAAGAAUGUCACUGAUUGGACUUCACUUGUCAGAGUCACAUAAAAUACUCCAGAUAUCUAAGCUGAUAAUGACAAUGCUGGAGAUAGAACUCUUUCCAUCUUCAUUGAUAAAGGUGUCUGGUAUUUCAGUACUUAUGAUUAUGGAGAUAUUGAAACUGCAGAUGAUGAUGUUGGUUCAAGUAUUUAUUUAUAUUUAUAUCUUUAGUCGACAAGAAAUUUGAAAUUGGUAAAUAUUGGGGUAAAUGGACAUACUUCUACUUUGGAUAUUCCUUCCAUCUUAAAUAAGCCUAUGCUUACAUUCGUUAAAUCGAUCAAACAGCCAACUCCUAUUUGUUUGAGGAGAUCUAUCACUUUGUUCCUAAUUAUUUGAGUGUGUUCUUCUCUGAGGAUGGCUAUGGCAAACAAUUUGAUGUAUUCAUCUUUCUCAUUUCUUUAGGGUGAAGCCUUUGAUUGGUACUUGGGUAUCGGCGAUGGUGCAUUUACUACAACUCCAGAACCAAGAGAGUGGCCAGUUGAUCCUGCACCUCCUCCUGAUAGAAUCUUGUCAGCUCUACUNGGAUGUUGAAUUCACAUAAGCUAAUUUCCCAGGAUCUGACAUUGAAGCCAUUUAUGAAUAUGGUAUUGGUUUAUGGACUAGAUGGUUGAUGAACUAUCCAUUCAUUUUGUUAGAAAAAGCUGAAUCUCACUCCAUAUUUAGAUUCACAACAAAUGCUUAAUAUGAAGAUGCUAAUAAGAAUGGAGACAGAACAGUAUCAGCAUUUGUAGGAAGAGGAGAAUAUAAGUUCAGUACUUAUGAUGCAGUUCUUGAUAAGAAUGAUAUCACAACAGGAACUAAGUUUGAUAAGGAAUUAGAAGGAUAUUGGAAUUUCGUCUAUUUCUGCUACAAGAGAAUUCCAACUGGACCAAAGGGUAUUGGAUAUGUGUAUCUUACUCAUUAAAAUGUUGUUAAGAGAGUCGAAAUUGAUAGUGCCAAACAUUGGUUGUUGAGAGAUUAUGCCAGACUCGUUAUUGGAAAGAAAGAAUUUGGACAUUCAGCCUUCUAAGGUAAAUUGUUUGAUCCAAGAGCAUUUUUGGGCAAGAACAGUUACAUUGAUUCAAGCGAAGAUUUACUCAAUGUUAUUGUACCUAAAUUCAGACCUUAUCCACCAUACAAAGAUAAAUAAGAUAACGAACCAGUCUAAGUAGAGAAAGCUAAGAUGACUUAAAGAGUGUUCAAAUCAUAUGAAGAGAAGUACAGUGGUGUCUUUGAAUACAGUGUUUAUGGAUUUGCUAAGGGUAAUAAAUUAAAGAAUGUCACUGAUUGGACUUCACUUGUCAGAGUCACAUAAAAUACUCCAGAUAUCUAAGCUGAUAAUGACAAUGCUGGAGAUAGAACUCUUUCCAUCUUCAUUGAUAAAGGUGUCUGGUAUUUCAGUACUUAUGAUUAUGGAGAUAUUGAAACUGCAGAUGAUGAUGUUGGUUCAAGUAUUUAUUUAUAUUUAUAUCUUUAGUCGACAAGAAAUUUGAAAUUGGUAAAUAUUGGGGUAAAUGGACAUACUUCUACUUUGGAUAUUCCUUCCAUCUUAAAUAAGCCUAUGCUUACAUUCGUUAAAUCGAUCAAACAGCCAACUCCUAUUUGUUUGAGGAGAUCUAUCACUUUGUUCCUAAUUAUUUGAGUGUGUUCUUCUCUGAGGAUGGCUAUGGCAAACAAUUUGAUGUAUUCAUCUUUCUCAUUUCUUUAGGGUGAAGCCUUUGAUUGGUACUUGGGUAUCGGCGAUGGUGCAUUUACUACAACUCCAGAACCAAGAGAGUGGCCAGUUGAUCCUGCACCUCCUCCUGAUAGAAUCUUGUCAGCUCUACUUGCCAACCAAGGAUUUAACUCAGGCAGAAUCAUCAAGGGUGGUGGAACAUUCUUAUAAGUCGAAGGAUCUGUCAAUUUAAUCUAAGAAAAUGAAGAAUGA